AUGCUUUACGAUUCUGAAGAUUACUCCUUAUUUCUUACACCUCGUGUGUGUUACUUUUCGGCUGCAAAAGGUGGAGCGUCGCGACAUCUAAUGGUAAAUGGUAGCAGUCAGAGGAUGGCCAUCAAAAUUAAAUGCAGCAACAAUGAGAUAUUUCGUGUAUCGCCUGUAUACUGUAUGUUGGAGCCAGGAAGUUCGCAACGUCUACAGGUAAUUAAGCUAUGA